UUCUCUCUCUCGCAUCCGUAGACAAAUACAAAGGCCGUUCUAACCCUAAUUUAGCGACAGAAAUCCUCCAAUUCUCUCCGUCGAACCAUGGGCGAAGACCUCUCCAAGAUCGAAUAUGCCUCCAAGGAUGAGACAGUUGUCUUCUGGAACUUGGAGGAUUAUCCAAUCCCUAGAGGUGCCAAUCUUGGUGUGAUUUAUCCUAAUAUCGAAUUAGCUCUCCAUAAAAUGGGUUUUCAUGGUCCUCUGUCAAUCAUGGCCUUUGGUAAAAAUUUGUACCACGACGUAGAUGCCUUGUCCAUGGCCAAUAUCGCAUACGAUCCUGAAGUUUCACCGGGUGAUGAUUCUUGUGUUUGGAGGAUGAUUGGAGAGAUUGUUUCUUUCUUAGCAGUGAGCUUUCCCAUGAAUUAUAUGGUUAUUGCGAAACAACACCCUGAGUUGUACAGGGUUCUUCAUUCUAUGAAAUCGAGGAAUCAAAUUGUUCUCUUAUUACAGCCGCCUGGUGACACCGCACAACAAGAUACUCUAUUUCCUUCUGUAGAAUCAGUUGUUGAUUGUACCAAAGUUUUUGGUGGAGGAAAGCCUAUACACGCAAGCAAUGCCUAUCCUUUCUACUGUUUUUUAUGUGGUUAGUGUAUGAAAACAUUCAUGUUUCUUCUUUCUUCUGCUAAGCUCUGUCUUUGGGUUCAAAUUGUUUUCUGUUUUUUUUAUUCCAAUGGACGUGUUUGUAAGCUCUGCUCGAAUGCUUUUUUUCCUAAGAAUAUAUAUAUUGAGUUUCAAAA